AUGGAAGGAUGCAGUCGCAAGAACUUACCGUACAGUAUGGAUAAAGUGUGGGAAAUAUCGAAAAAUAUAAUGAGGAUGUUAUAUUUUUAUCGAUGUAGCAGAGUGUUCGAUAAUGAGUCUCGUGAAGAGGGUGAGGAUGAAGAUGGUAAAAAGUCUGAGCCUGUCUACAACUGCACCUCAUUCUUGAAGGAGUUCGUACAACCUGAAUCUGAUGCACCUGAUGGCCCUGUUCGUGUACAGUACUGCACACGACACAUCGGUCACGACUUAAACAUUGCUGAUCUGCCUCUUUCAAAGUCCGAUGUGAAAGUUAUUGAGGGCUUCCUCAAACAAGGUCUUUCUGCGGAUGUUAUUACAUGGACAGUCCAGAACGAAUACGGUACCGCAACGAGGCUUCACUGGGUUACGGAAAGUGACAUCGAGAAGAUAGCAGCAAAGCUUGACAAGGAUCACGACGAAGACGAUUUCAGUUUUCUGGACGAGGACGAGGACGACGAUUCUCCUGAAACGAGCUACAAGGAUGACAGCCCUGAGCCACAUUUCGAUCAUGACUACACUUACACAUCAGUUUCUGCAACGGAGCUGUUAGAGGAAGGCGAAGAAGACCAUGCGGAUGGUACAAAUAGCAAGGACUCAGCGGAUUCGAAUGCCUACGAAUCCGCUGAGACCCCUAUUCGAGGAGAGUCCCUGCUCGGAUGCUCGUCUUGUGCAAAAUUAUACGAAAAGAUGAUUGAGCUGGAGGCCCUUGUGGGAAGGCUGAACGAGAGACUUGUUGAAUUGGAAGGUCCAGACAUGAGCAGUGUGCUAAAAAAGGAGCGUACCUGA